CUUCACUGUUCUAUUCAGGUUAACAAUAUCAGCGGUUAUCUACCUGGAAGAAUAGUCUUCUUCUUGGUAAACACUCAUCUAACACCCCGUCCUAUUCUGCUCACUCGGCAUGGUGAAAGUCGAAACAAUGUUAGAGGAAGAAUCGGAGGUGAUGCAGUUUUGAGUGAAGCUGGGGAACUUUAUGCGAAGAAACUUGCAAACUUUGUCGAGAAGAGACUGAAAUCUGAGAAGACAGCCUCUAUAUGGACUAGCACACUCCAAAGAACCAUUUUAACUGCAAGUGCGAUUGUUGGUUUUCCAAAGAUACAAUGGCGUGCUCUUGAAGAGAUAAAUGCUGGAGUAUGUGAUGGAAUGACUUACGAAGAAAUAAAGAAAAACAUGCCUGAGGAAUAUGAAUCACGUAAGAAGGACAAGCUUAGAUAUCGAUACCCUCGUGGAGAAUCAUACUUGGAUGUCAUCCAAAGGUUAGAGCCCGUAAUUAUUGAGCUUGAACGACAGCGUGCUCCUGUUGUCGUUAUUUCUCACCAGGCAGUGUUGAGAGCAUUGUAUGCAUAUUUUGCUGACAGGCCAUUGAACGAAAUUCCUCUCAUCGAGGUACCAUUUCAUACAAUAAUUGAGAUACAGAUGGGUGUCACUGGUGUCCAAGAAAAAAGAUACAAGCUCAUGGGUUAAUUCAUUUUCAUGGUGGUGCGAGCAUGAGUUAAAAUGUCAUCCAGUUGACAUUGCUACCUUCCUUGGUUGUCACUUGUGUGAUGAUUUACAGAAUGGAAGAGCAAGCCACUCCAAUUUUUAUGGCCACAAUUAUCAACAAUAGAGAUGGCACAGUUCAUCAAAACAAUCUUAUUCUGUCAAUAUUUUGUGUGCUUUUGUGGUUCUUGAGCUAUAAGACCUUGUGUAUUUUGUUCAUGCUUACAUAGAGUGGCAUUCUUGGAGCACAAACAGAUUUAAAAGGUCAUUUAACUUAGCAACCUUGUUUUUUGAACAGGUGAAUCAUAUUGCCGCCUUUCGGUAAAGAUGCGAUGCAUGAAACAAUAGUCUUUUUGAAGUCCGCAUCUGGAACUUUAACCUGCUCUUGCAGGAAUUCAAUGAUAUCUAUGCAGGUUGCGCGUGCUGAUAAGUACCUGAGUUGAUGAAAUAAUUGAAGAAGCCAAAGUACCAAGAAGAUCCAAACUUGCUCGGGAGCUUGAUAUCAACUAAGGAUCUAAUCCGGCAUCUGCUACUUGCUUUAACAAAACUAUCUAUAACAUAUUGAAUCCUUCAAUAUUUAGUUCUUUUUUACAGUAAUUUCCCUAUCUUUUGGUUGUA